UAAUUAUAAUAAAUUCAUGACAUCUGGAAGAUUGUUUCUGCACUUAAACAUUACUGUUUGCCUGUUAAGCAGAAAGAAUCUCAUAUUAGAUUUGCUACAAACACUUUCAUUAGUAGUUACUUUCAGCACACAAUUAGACAUGUAUUUAAAUGUUUUCUGUACUCUGAAUACCUCUGUAUGUUUUAUUAUUUGUCUUUUUUGUGUUCAUUUCCAUGCACAUUACAGCAUGUGUACAUGACUUUUAUUUUGGUCUGGUGGUGUGACGCAAUAAGGCUGCGAUGCUCGCCUGCAUCUGUUGUGGUUCGACUGAGGGAAGGUUAGUGUUUUAAACCAUUUAAAGCGUUAUGAAUGGAUGCAAACCGUUCAGUCUAUUCUACAGUUUUUGCAAGCGAACUAAAGGACAAACGCAAAGAAAAAUUCCUGGUGAAGCGACUGAGAUCCACGUGACACAUUAUUAUAAAGAUGGAGUUUAUUAAAGAGGAGAGUGAAGAAAUGAAGAUUGAAGAAACAAUCAGUGUGAAACAAGAAGAUGAAGAACAAACAGACCUGCUGGCACUGAAAGAGGAGAGUCAAGAAAUCAAUGAAAUGGAAGAAAAGAAACAUCCUGAUUUCAUAACUGGAGAAAAAUCUUUCAGUUGCUCAGAGACUGAAAAGACUUCCACACAAAAAAGAGCUCAAAAGCCCGGAACUAGAAGACUAAUCAUCUGCGAACAGUGUGGAAAGAGUUUCAAAAAAACUGGAAAUCUUAAAAUCCAUAUGAGAAUUCACACCGGAGAGAAGCCUUACACCUGCCAACAGUGUGGAAAGAGUUUCGAUCAACAUGGAAACCUCAAAGUCCACAUGAGAAUUCACACUGGAGAGAAGCCGUUCGCAUGUAAUCAGUGUGGAAAGAGUUUCACACAUAAAGGAACCCUUCAUGCUCACAUGAGUCUUCAUACUGGAGAGAGCCCUUACACCUGCGAAGUGUGCGGAAAGACUUUGGUUCGCAAAGAAAAUCUAAUGGCUCACAUGAGAGUUCACACUGGAGAGAAGCCUUUCUCGUGUGGGGAGUGUGGAAGAUGUUUCGCACGUAAAGAAACCCUUACUCAGCACACGAUAAUUCACUUAAGGCAGAACUUUAUUUGUCAACAGUGUGGACUGAGUUUCACAGACAAGAAACACCUCAAGAGCCACGUAAUAACUCACAUCGGACAGAAGCCUUUUAUGUGCCAUCACUGUGGAAAGACUUGCUCGAACACAGCAAACCUCAAGUCUCACAUGAUAAUUCACACUGGAGAGAAGCCUUACUCCUGCCAACAGUGUGGAAAGAGCUUCCCACGAAAAGAAAGUCUUAAGGGUCACAUGAGACUUCACACUGGAGAGAAGCCUUACUCCUGCCCUCAGUGUGGAAAGAGUUUCACACAUAAAGGAACCCGUUAUACCCACAUGAGAACUCACUGGAGAGAGGCCUUACCUGUAGUGUGAGGAGACUUUCACAUAUCAAAUAGAUCUGAAAAAUAAGUCUUUUACUUUGUAUUUCUGAGCUUUUGAUGUUUUGUAUUGAAUUUCUUUGUAAUUGGCAUGACAUAUUUACAUGACUAAUUAUAAAUAGUUAGGGCCUGAGGACCAAUGGUUUGAGGACCCUAUUGUAAUUGCUCAGUCAAUUCUUCUUCUAUGAAAUGAAUCGCAUUUUUGAGGGCCUAAACAUGCUCAAACUCAUGAAACUUUGCACAUUCGUUAGAAAUG